CCUGGGUCUCUUGUAGGUCCUGGCCAUCAUCAUCACUUCACAUCAUCUGGACCAAAAGACAUCAUUUCUCCCCUCACGACUAAUGAACUUGAUGACAUCAAACAAAUAGAUCGCUAACUAACCAACCAACCAUUGUCACUCGCUUUCUUUCACUCUUUCACUCUCUCACUCUUUCACUCCCUCACUCUCACUCCCUCACUCCCUCGCUCCCUCUCACUCUCACUUCCCAAGGUACAGAGCUGCAGCUAUAGUUACCGGUAUCCUGCCUGCAUUAUCGUAAUCCGUGAUAACUGCAAUCACCAUCAUGCCAGAAGGCCUCUUCACACUUCUGCUUUUCUGCAUCGUAAUGGCCAUAACCUCCUUCGGCGCUGGAAUGCUCCCGUUAGCAGUGUCUCUCUCUCCCCCCCAACUGCGCUUGAUCUCAACCGUAGGAAUGGGCGUUCUAGUGGGUACAAGUCUGAUAGUCAUCAUACCCGAGGGUAUAGACACCAUAUACAGCGCUAAGACCUCUCCACCACCAACAAUGUCUUCUCCGUCUGGUCCAAUGCUGCGCGGACGUACUGCUGCCGCACCUGCUGCUUCCUGGUUCGAAUAUGCAGCAAACCUCCCCCGUCAACCCCGCCAUCACUCCCGGGACGCCAAAGCCAUAGAAGCCUCUGACACAAAAACCCACACUACCACCACCCCACCACACAGCCACAGCCACGACCACGACUCCGAGCAUGAACCCAAAUCCUCCCACUCAGAUCCCGAGCCCGAGCAUGAGCACUCCACCGAAACCGCGCACAAGUGGGUCGGCCUAUCACUAAUCUCUGGCUUCAUCCUAAUGUACUUAAUCGACGUCCUCCCGCACCAAGCGCACAAGCACAACCCACAACCUUACCACAUCGAGAUCGACAACCUCCGUUCCCUAUCCGCCUCCUCGCCCCCACUAGACAGUCCCUCCCCCUCACAUCCGUAUUCCAAAACCUCGUCCACCACCCUCGGCCUCGUUAUCCAUGCUGCAGCUGACGGGAUUGCCCUGGGCGCUUCAUCGACGAGCUCCAACACUGCCCUGGAGGCGAUUGUGUUUCUCGCCAUUAUGCUACACAAAGCCCCGGCGGCAUUCGGACUAAGUGCUGUCCUUCUGAGAGCAGGAUUGGGAAAGAGGCAGGCGAGGGCCCAUCUUAUCAUAUUCUCGAUGGCGGCGCCGGUGGGUGCGAUCUGGUGGACGGGGGUGUUGUUACUGUUUAGUGGGGGAACAUUCUUGUACGUUGCCAUGCACACCAUGCAAAGCCAGUCCGAACUCGAGCCAGGCAAUGGCGGGCAAAAGUCCACUAUGAAGGACACGCUCGCCGCCGUGGUGGGCAUGUUAUUGCCCUUGGCAACGCAGAUUGGGCAUCACCACCACCACUAGACACUUUGCCUAUCCCGAAUAUAUUUAUCACAAGGGAGGCGGGUCGGGGAGUAGAUUCGAAAUUGUGUGAUCGCAAGAUUUGUUUUUUCUUUUUCCUUUCCUUUUCUUUCUCUUUCUAGAUUCUUGUAAAAGUUUAAGAUUGUUAUUUUUAAGAUUGUUAUUGAUCGGUUGUAUUGGAUUGGGUUUGGUAUUGUAUUCGGAUUUGGUAUCGUAGUUAACUUGAAUUAUAGAUUUGGUCUUGGAUUAGA